GAAUAUUGAACCAUUCUUCCAAAACCUGCUCAUCUGACCUCUUCUUUCUUGUACAGCUUCCAGGUGACGCGGAUUGCAUGCUGACUCUGCCAAUAGCAGGAGAGUCUUCUAUAUAUAAUGGUAUAAAAGCUGAUGUUUUCCUUUCCAACACCAAACCUCCUCUACUCAAACUCACACCAAACCUCUUCUACUCAAACUCUCCUCUCCAUAUCAUUUAUAAGAUUCCAUUCUGUUCUAAGUUUCCUAAGUACCAUGAAACCUAUGCCUCUUUUCUCUACCAUUUCUCUUUUGCUUGCAAUCUCUUGUAUUGUAACCAUCUCUCAAGCAAGAGUUUCUCCUGGUGCUGUGUAUAAGGAGUUGACGGUGAUAAGAAGCUAUGCAAGGCCAUCUAUGACCCCUCCAGCUCCACGUAGAAACCCACCAAUCACUCCCAGCAAACGCACGGCCCACCUGCUACGUCCAGUUCAACAACCUCUACCUGCCUAUUCAGCUUCUUCAUGAACUGUAUCUGCACUCAGUCAAUAACACAAAGAAGAUCCAGCUAUGAUCCAUCAAUCCAAUAGU